CCACCACCACCACCACCACCACCACCACCACCACCACCACCACCACCACCUCUUACACCACUUUCCACCUUCACAGCUUCCACUACCACCUCUUCCAUCAUUAUCUUCUUCACUACUCCAUCCACCACAAAGUCCUUUCGAGUCACUUUAGUUGUGCAUCGUCGGACGCCUCAGUACCGCGGCGAUCUCACUACCUUCUCUUUCUCCUCCUCCACGAACCAAAUCCUUCACCAUCACCUCGUCCAUCUUUACCAUCUCUCUCUGCCAACUUCGCAUCAACUACCUUCAGCCAACACGUCUUCCACUACUAACACUCACAACAUUACUUCCCGUACCUUUUCCUUAUCCUUCUCCUCCACCACCGCCUCCACCAUCGCCUCCACCACCGCCAUCACCACCACCAUCACCUCUUCCACACUCCCACCAUUACUUCCAAUACCUUUUCCUUAUCCUUCUCCUCCACUAUCACUUCCUACUGCAUCUCCGACGUCAAGCAGUCGUCGGACCCCCCAGUACCGCGGCGACCCCCUUCAGGAGGCGUUGUCGCGGUCGCGUGGAAACGCCGCCACCGCCGCCGGCUGGAGCGACGACCAGGCCGACGCGCCGAUGCCGACAGGCGGCGAGCGAGAGAUCCGCGACCGUCCCACGGAGACCGCCAACACCGCGCUCAUUCGCUGCCUUGCGUUCGGUCCUCCGCUGCACCACCGCGUCCGCGCCCCCACCGCCACCACGCCCCACCUCCUUGGCAGCUUCUUCGCGGGCACUUCGGGCGGCGCCGCCCUCGUCUACGCCCUCUUUGCCGACUCCGCACGACGUCCGCACAAACUGGCGCUGCGACACGCCACCGAGAUGCAACUUCAGCAUCGUGCGCCCAUCAUUAAUAUCCGCCUCAUAGACACCAAGACCCACUGCUCCCUUCUCCCAACAACCGUCUACCCUGCCUCCUACUCCACCGCAGGCAGUCACCACUUGCCGCCACCGCACAUGAUGGUUAUUAGCGAGGAGCAGGUGCGUCUGUUCGCACUGCCGUCGAUCUCUCUGCGCCAGAAGGCGCGUAUCACCGCCAAGGACGGCUUCCGUAUUAAGACCGGCAAUAUCAUCGCCUUCGGACAGGCCUCCAACGACAGUCGCGCGUUCAGUGGAACUGGAUCGUUGUUGCGUGGGGUGGGGAUUUUCGGACCGGAAUUCAGCUGCGUGUUCACCAACAACGGGGGUCAGGCGGUGGUGCUGUCGGUUCCGCAUCUGCGCCGACGCGACACGAUUCCACUCAUGGGACCGGGCGACCUGCUGGAGAUGAAUUCGGUGAUGUUUGCUGAAGCCGGGUCUUGUGAUCGUGGAGUCGUUGUUGCCCCCAGCCUCGGUCUUUACCAAACCGCUCCCGGUCAGUUGGCCAUGUUCGAUGUGGUGCUGGCCGGUCAGAAGAGCUCGGUGCUGGGCAAUGCUUACCGCGCGGUGCAUCGGGUGAAACCCACCGUCACCUCCACGGGCACGCCAGUCCACACCCCGGAGAAUCGAAGCCCAAUCAAAAUGCAGGCCCCCACACCAAGCCCGCGGCUGCAACAGCGAUUGGCUAAAACACGUGCAACCGUCAACCUCGGCAACACGCCCUCCACGUCACUCGCGUCUUCUGGCGUUGUAAGCGGCUCUUCACCAAUUUCUGGCCAAUCUAGGUGGGGCUCCUCGUUACCCCUUUGCUCUUCCUCCCCGCCCCCUGGUUAUCGAUUUUUGCGAUGA